AUGAAAUAUCAAGAGAAAGCAAAAGUUAAAAUUUUACCAAAACCAAUUGCACCAACUAGUCAAGUCUCAUCACCUUUAGUUCAAGUAUCACCAUCUUUGUCAACGUCUUCUCCUGGACCAUCAUUAACAAAUAGAAAAAGAGCAAAAUCUACGACUAAUACAAAUUCAACUUCAAAUAAUGAUUUAAGAAAACAAAGAAAAACAAAUACCGCGUCACCCUUGGACCUAAAUCAACCUUCAUCUGUAUCAUCCACUCCCAAACCAUCUAAACAAACUGGUCAUAGACCAGUAACAUCAUGUACAUUCUGUCGUCAACAUAAAAUCAAAUGUAAUGCUCUGGAUAAUUAUCCAAAUCCUUGUCAAAGAUGUGAUAGAAUGGGAUUAAAAUGUGAAAUAGAUCCACAAUUUAGACCUAAAAAGGGUUCUCAAAUACAAUCAUUAAAAUCAGAUGUUGAUGAAUUAAAAGCUAAAAUUGAAAUGUUAACUAAAAAUGAAUCAUUAUUAACUCAAGCAUUAAAUCAACAUAAUCUUAAUUUUUAUCCAACAACUUCUCCUAAUUUACAACCACAACAACAUCAACAAUAUCCACCACAACCACAUAGAUCUAACCUGUACCCUGUCUCUGCUCAAACUCCAAUUGGUUCACCUUCAGUGUUCUCACAAAGUGCUCAUAUUUCACCUAUGGCAUCAGUUACAAGUAUUCAACAAAAUCCAUCUUUAAUGAAUGAAAAUUCAGAUAAUUCACCAUCAGCUUUAAACACACCAGAUCAAAAAGAAGAAUAUUUACAACCUAUAUCAGAGUUUAUUUUAGGAGAUGUUAAUUUACCAUUAGCCAAAGCUAAUGAAUUACAUGAUAGAUUUAUGAAAAAACAUUUAGAUUUUUUACCGAUUAUAAUAUCAAGAUCAGCAACUGAAUUGUAUCAUAAAUCAAAUUUAUUAUUUUGGGCGGUUAUAUUAACUGCAAGUUUGGGUGAACCAGAACCUACUUUAUAUAUGUCAUUAGCAUCACUUAUAAAACAAUUAGCUAUUGAAACGUGUUGGAUUAAAACACCAAGAUCAACUCAUGUUAUACAAGCAUUGAUCAUACUUUCAAUUUGGCCAUUACCUAAUGAAAAAGUAUUAGAUGAUUGUUCAUAUAGAUUUGUUGGAUUAGCCAAAAAUUUAUCAUUACAAUUAGGUUUACAUAGAGGUGGUGAAUUUAUACAAGAAUUUAGUAGAAAUCAAGUAAGUUUAGGACCUGAUGCAGAAAGAUGGAGAACAAGAUCUUGGUUAGCUUUAUUCUUUUGUGAACAAUUUUGGUCUUCAUUAUUAGGUUUACCACCAUCUAUUAAUACUACUGAUUAUUUAUUGGAAAAUGCAAGAGUUGAUCAAUCAUUACCUAAACAAUUCAGAUGCUUAAUAUCGUUAUCCAUAUUUCAAUGUAAAUUAGUGAAUGUAAUGGGUAUAAGUGUGACAAGACCAGAUGGAUUAUUAGAACCACUGAAUAGAGCAGGAUCUUUGAAUUUAUUAGAUAGAGAACUUGAAAGGUUAAGAUUCAAAUUACAAAUUGUAGAUGGAUCACCAAUUGAAGUUUAUUAUCUUUAUUUGAAAUUAAUGAUUUGUUGUUUUGCAUUUUUACCAGGAACUCCAAUAGAAGAUCAAGUUAAAUAUGUUAGUUCUGCUUAUUUAUCAGCUACUAGGAUUAUAACAAUCGUUUCACAAAUGAAUAAUGAUAUAUCAUUAAUUGAAUUACCAAUAUACGUAAGACAAGCAGUCACUUAUUCAGUAUUAUUACUUUUCAAAUUACAUUUAUCAAAAUAUUUGAUUGAUAAAUAUGUUGAUUCAGCAAGACAAUCUAUUGUUACAGUUCAUAGAUUAUUCAGAAACACUUUAAGCUCAUGGAAAGAUUUACAAAAUGAUAUAUCAAGAACAGCAAAAGUUUUAGAAAACUUGAAUUUAACACUAUAUACCUAUCCAGAUAUAUUUAUAAAAGAAGAUGAAAGUACCAGUAUAAUAUCCAGAAUGAGAUCUCAUUUGACAGCAUCAUUAUUUUAUGAUUUAGUAUGGUGUGUUCAUGAAGGUAGAAGACGAGCUCAAUUAGGUAAGGAAAAUAAAGUGAAACAAGAGGAAGGAAAUGAUAAAAAAUUAUUACCAUUACCUUUUUACAAUCAAAUUACAAAAGAUGAUUUUAGAACAAUUACAACAACUACACCAAAUGGUACAACAAUUACAACAUUAGUUCCAACUGAUGCAGCAAUGAAUAAUGCUAGAUCUAAUGCUACCGAUAACAAACCAUUAGAAAUUAAUGGUAUUCCAUUACCUUUAUUAGAUGCAACUGGAGCAAGAGAUGGAAUAAAUGGUGCUCAAAGUUUCAUAAAUCAACAAAAUUUACCUCCACAAGAUCAGCAACAACAAAAUCAAAUGUUUUCAAAUCAACAACCACCAACACCAAUGCAUCAAGGUUCACCACCAAUGUUAGAUUUCAAUUCACAAAUGACACCACAGUUACCUUCACAAAUGCAUAGUAUUCAACAUUUCCAAUUACCAAAUGUUAAUAUGAAUAAUGGAUCACCUCAACAACCACCACAGAAUCAACAACAAAAUUAUUUACCUACAAUACUGGAAAAUCCAAUGAUUCAAUUUAAUGAUUUCUUUUUACAACAAUCUUCAAUUGAUCAAGAUGAUGAUUUUUUGGGAUGGUUUGAUUCAAAUAUGUUAAAUCAACAAUAG